AUGCUCGUCAACCAUGUUCCUCGCCGUAGAAAUCCCUUCUCUUGCGCCGAGAAGACUUUAAACCGAAGGCAGCUGCGAGCAGCCGGCCAUCUGACAUAUUGCCUUUUUGAUUUUGACCUUUCCUUGAUGCUUCCUUCUGGAAAGCCGCUCUCCGACUACCGUUUGCCGAUAGAUGAGUCUUUCCCUGGAGAUUCCACACCCAUCAUUCCCAUGUUGGCAGUCCUCAUGGAUGGAAUGAUCACUCGCAAUAUCGAGGCACGCUUCACGGCCGCUGAGGCUCUCUCAUUUCUCGAGAGUUUCCGUAUUCAACUGGAUGCUGAGGUCCAAGUUGCCCACCGGCCUGCCGAAUGUUCUAAUUCACUCUGGAGUGCCUGGGACCAAUGGGCUCGGCAUUUAGAGGAUUUUAGCUCGAUGGUCCGCGUAUCGUGA